AUCACAUGGCAGUUUAGAUUGAAGAAAGUUUGGUAUUUUCACUUUCUGUUACUUUGGCAGAUGUUCAAUCCAACAAUGCACAUUUGCAUUUAUAUAGUGCCUUUCACACCGGGCGGACAUUCCAAGGCACAGUGAUAUGUGAGUCAUCGACUGGAAGAAAUGAACAGAAUGCAGAGGAAAAGUUGAACUAUUAGCCUGACAAAGUUUGAAACUACGACUCAAAAUUGCCGAUGCCUGACUCGUGCUGUUUUUAGUCUAUUGUAAAUGGACUUCUAUAAGCUGCUGGUGCUGUUAAAGAAAGAGCUGUGGUCCUGUGUUCCUGUCGCACCUAAAAGACACCUGACUGUUAGAAGGUGUCUCCUGUAAUUUACUGAAGGCUGUGGAAGUGGUGCCUCUCGUAAUCAUGUUGGCAGAGGUGGGGGCACAUGUGGCCCAAGUUUAUGAGGACCUCCUCAAAAGAUCAGAUCCCAGGAUCACUGAAUACCCCUUCAUGACUUCUCCACUCCCCAUGACUGCCAUCCUCUUGUUCUAUGUGUACUUUAUUUUGUCACUGGGCCCCAAAUUAAUGGCUGGCAGGAAACCCUUUGACCUUAAGAAGAUUAUGGUUGUCUAUAACUUUUCACUGGUCUUUUUCUCGAUAUUUAUAGUGUACGAGUUUCUGAUGUCUGGAUGGGCUACAGGAUACACAUACCGAUGUGAUCCAAUAGAUACCUCCAAUAGCCCCAGAGCUCUUCGGAUGGUGCGAGUAGCAUGGCUGUUUCUGUUCUCCAAAUUCAUUGAAUUGCUAGACACUGUUUUCUUUGUCUUGCGAAAGAAGAACAGUCAGAUCACCUUCCUCCACAUCUUCCACCAUUCGGUUAUGCCCUGGACCUGGUGGUGGGGUAUCAAGUUUGGACCAGGUGGCAUGGGGUCCUUUCACGCUAUGAUCAACUCUGUUGUCCAUGUUAUCAUGUACUUCUAUUAUGGACUGUCUGCAGCUGGCCCAGCAUUUCAGAAGUACCUCUGGUGGAAAAAAUAUAUGACAGCAAUCCAACUUGUCCAGUUCAUCCUCGUCUCCCUGCAUGUCACACAAUACUACUUCAUGUCUCACUGUGAUUACCAGUUCCCUCUCUUCAUCCACCUUGUGUGGAUGUAUGGAACAUUCUUCUUUAUUCUCUUCUCCAACUUCUGGUAUCAGGCCUACACCAAGGGUAAAAGGCUGCCUAAAAACACACCGGAAAAACGAAAAGCAGCUGCAAAGAACGGCAAACUAGGGGUAGAAAAUGGCAGGCACGUGGUGGAAAAUGGGGAGGUGAUGAAUGGAAAAAUGAAGAUGAAGUAAAAAAAAAAGUAACAUUUGUAAUAAAACCAAUUAUUGUAUUUUUGUUUUUUGAAACUUUAAGAGGGAGGGUGCAGCGAUUUCACUUUUAUACUUGACUAAAGAGUUUCUUGUCGAUUUAAUCACUGGCACUGUGUUGGAAGGGAACCUGGAAAACGGCUGUUGAAUAAUAGUUUUAAGGAUUGAGUAACAAAUGGUUUGUGAUUAAUCGAUUCUGGAUUUUGUUUGGAAAUCAUUGCACUUCUCUAAUUGACAUUGAAUACAAAGAUAAAGCAAAGGUAAAAAUGUGAUGUGCAAAAGAUCCCACUCCGCCUGACUGGAAAAACAAAAAGCUGGUGGCACACAAGUCUGGGCUGUGAAGCUGGGUGUUGACUUGCCAUUUUCUGAGUGGCUGAAAGUCCAUCUCUGCUGUAACCAUUACCUUAAAUUCAUAAGGAAAUAAGCUUGUACCAUAGUUGCCUUAAAACACUUCCAAAAAAACCUGCAAAGAAUUAAACCCCAUGCUGUUGUCAACUUUAAUCACAAUUCAUACCGAGCAAUUUAAAACUGCUGUUUUAUUCACACUUGAAAUAGCCCUUAGAUGGCUUACAAAGCCAAGUUUUUCUUUUGAGGAUUUAUAUCUAAUUUAAAAAGUUUCAGCUUCCAGCACUAAGUGUAACUUUGCUAAUUCUAAAUUAGGCAUUUUAGGAAUUCAUAUUUUUACUUAAUAUAAUCAGUGUUGCAGAUCUGCGUUCAGCCCCUUGUGAACUAUAGAAACGAGGGAAGUUGUAUUAGAAAGUUUGAUGGCCCAUACCAGGGAGUGAGAGAACUCGUUAGUGUUUUGGGGCCUAGCACUUGCCGGUUACCCGAGGUGAUUGAGUCCCAUGAGUAUUUCUAUUCUUGCCAUAUCAACAAGGGAAGGUAGUUGACAGAUAAUGUUCAAUCUGAGUAGUGAGAUCUAUUUGGCAUUCCCUGGGGAGCAAAACCUACCUGAAAUCUAGAUGUAGCUGCAGUAACAAUUAGUCACUCUGUAGGCAAGUCACCAUGCUUCAUCCUUCAUUCCAUUAGAAAAUUUAAAUUGCUGAUCUGAUUUUCUUCCCUCCCCUUGCCCAGGGGUCAGGCUGGGGAGGUAACAAACUGGAACUCAGGCUGCUUUUGGUUUCCCUGGAACUGUGUAUGGAGAUCAGCAUUAUGUGAACUAGCCCUGGAGUAUAAUUGCCAAAAUAGUACCCUCAAGUUUAUUAAACUUCAUGAGAAUGUGGGCAAUGACAAGCCGUCUGACAUUGACACUGAGAGCAGUAAUGGUAUAUCUUUAAUUCUUUGCAUUAUCUAAUUUUCCUUGUUGCAGUUGGGACAGAUAUCUUGAGGAAAGGCAAUGAAGAAAAUAACUCUGGAAACCAUAUUUGGGAUUAUGAUAUCAAAGUGAAAGUUUGAAUAGGAAUUCUCUCUGUGCUGAAAUAAAAACACAUUGAACACA